AUGAACCGGAAUCAAACCCAGCAACCUUCUCCAUAUUGGACAUGCCACGCGAAACACCACCAUCUAUACUGUGACGCAAUCGGAGACUCAUGGUUACAGAUGGAUCCCAAUUCAGACUGGUCGCUACCGCGUGAUCGCUGGACAGAGACGAACACGCAUGAGAGCUACUACAGGAGCGAAUCACAAUACCAGGACGAUGUGCCUGAAUACUCACAACAACAAUACUAUCCUCUGCCAAUGAAUCAACAUCAUCCGCAAUUUCGUCACAUCAGGCCUCAAAUACAUUCUCAGAACUCAGUGCCCUCAUUCACGGAGUAUCAAGGCAGAGUAGCACCAGUUCAGCACCCCGGACCUCGCUGCCUGAGUCAACCGGACUUUCACGAUCGGGACCGCCAGGAGCAUUUCACGCAAACUCGCAACACGGAACCACGAUCACCACCACCGAAUGACCGACGAUGUAGUGAGAACGAAUUCUCAAGCGACAUGGACUUGACGCUCUUCGUCGCAGCAACCUCUGGAUUUACCCCAGACUCGCCUGUACACCGCUCAUUCGCAGCUGCGCCGUCAUGGCGCGAUCAACAAGUACAACUGCCGCCCGAAUAUCCACAACCGCAACAACGGCCGCAAUACGCACGAGCGCAUAGCUCGUACGCCAGUACCACGAUUGCACAACAUCCCGUACCGUCACAUUCUACACCUCACCUACCCAUCAGGCAACCGCAGCCCCGGAGUCCUGCAUUUUCUCGUCAGGGACCAAACGUAUGGCAAGAGCGACUCGAGACAGAGCCAUAUGCAUGGCAAGCCCACGACUACGGUGACGAGCCACCACCGGCAGACGAGCUUCCCGAUUACGAGCAAAGUCAGGCCGAGAUGCAGAACAAGACUCGUCUCGAGGCAAAGAGAAGAGCGGAAGAACUGCAGAGGAGGUGGAGACAGCGACAUAGUCGUUAA